GGCUGCAAACGCCGAGGCGCCUUCCUGCUUCUCCGCCCGCCCGCCCGCCUGCCGAGCAAGUCAGACUUACCCGGACUUGGGGCGUCGCCAGGUCGGGAAGCAUUUGGCCGCCAAGGCUCCCCGGGGACAGGCCAGUCAUGUGACAACAAUCCUCAAGCCACCAUUUGAGGUUUCUUCUCCAUCUGCCACCCUGGAUAGAACCGAGUCUGAUCAACCGCUGAACCCAAUGAUGAAAAUGGACGCCCCAGAAUCUUCAGCAGACCUGAAGCCAGCGUUAGACCUGGAUGGGCCAAGAGUAAGCCCCAGUGUGGCCCCGAGGGGCUCCGACCGGCAGGAUCUGAGGUGGAGGGGUCUUCCAUACAUUAAGCAAGAACCGGAAGACGAUUGUCUAUCGUCUCUGCACUGGGAAUCCCAGUGGCAGGAGUUCCUGGGGGGCAUGCAGUCCCCUUGCUCAGGAUGGGGGGCCAGACCUCUGCCAGCGACUGCCCCGUGGGGGGGACACCAAGGCACCCUUGGCUCAUCUAGCAUUGGCGGCCGCCAGCAGCCAGCGUUCCUCGGAAGGGAUGUUUUUCCAACCUGUGCCGCCAGGUUUUGUGGGAACGAUGCACCUGGCUGACCAAGAAAGGCGGAAAGCGAAGGAGGAGAUGGAGAACCAGGAGGCCCUAAAUCCGGAGCCCCCUUGCCAGCGCUUCAGGCAGUUCCUCUACCAAGAAGCGGAGGGUCCCCGAGAGCUUUGCCAUCGUCUCCGGGACCUCUGCCACCUAUGGCUGAAGCCGGAGAGACACUCCAAGGAGCAGAUCCUGGAACUGGUGAUCUUGGAUCAGUUCCUGGGUGUCCUGCCCCAGGCGAUGGAGUGUUGGGUCCGGGAUUGCCACCCCCACACCUGUGCCCAGGCCGUGGCCCUGGCGGAGGACUUCCUGGUGAGACAUCCGGAGGAAGGAAGACAGGAGCAGAAGGGCCCAGGGAUGUUUCAUGUGGUGACUGUGAAUUUUCCUGACUCUGAUCAGGCAUCAUCUGAAAGGCCGCUUAGCAGGCCGAUCAAACAGGAGGUCAAUGAGGAUGGCCUUUCUCAAGACGAUGGGCAGUUGGGUGAAAUCAAAAAAGAUAACCAGUGGAACAACACCAUGGGAAUGGAGCCUCGUAGCUCAUCGUCCACAGAAAGUUGGGAAGGGUCAGGAAGAUUCAGAGAGGUGGGAGAACCCCAAAAGAGUCCUCAAGAGGAGAACGGCCCCAGAGGAACAGAUAUAAACGCAUCCGGAGCGAAACAAUCCUUGUGUUCAAACUGUGGGGGGAGUUUUAACCCUAUCACCGGUCUGCUCGGCCCAGAGGGAUUCCCCUUGGAGGCAAACCCCUACAAAUGCUCCGUGUGCGACAAGAGCUUCUGCCAGGUUGCCAAACUCAUCGCUCAUGAGCGGCUGCACACCGGAGACUGGCCAUACAAAUGCUCCUUCUGCGGGAAAAGCUUCAACCGCAGCUCCGACGUCUCCCGCCACGAGCGGAUCCACACGGGUGAGAAACCCUUCAAGUGCACCACCUGCGACAAGUGCUUCAGCCAGCGGUCCAAGCUGAUCGUGCACGAGAGGUUCCACACGGGGGUGAAGCCCCACACGUGCUCCUACUGCGGGAGGAGCUUCCACCAAAGAUCGGACCUGGUGAAACACGAGCGGAUCCACACGGGAGAGAAGCCGUACAAGUGCUCCGAUUGCGGAGGGAGCUUCCACCGGAGUUCGGAUCUGGUGAAACACAAGUGGAUCCACACCGGGGAGCGGCCGUACAAAUGUUCCACAUGUGAGAAGAGCUUCCGGCAACGCUCGGCCCUCCUGUACCACGAGAGGACCCACACGGGGGAGAAACCGUACACCUGCACGGCCUGCGGGAAAGGCUUCAGUUGUAAAGCCCACUUGGUACUCCAUAAAAGGACCCACACGGGAGAGAAACCCUACAAAUGUAACUACUGUGGGAAAAGCUUCACCACCAGUUCGUACUUCGUGAAGCAUCAGAGAAUGCAUUUAGGGCAAGAAACUCUGCCGGUUCUGUGAAAGUAAGAAACGACACACAGAAAUAUUUCCAGGUUUUCCCUUUCCAUGGAUCUAAAACUAUCCCUGCGGGUAAAAAACAAGCAGGUCGGAAAUAAUUCCCGAGACGGCUUACUUUUCUGUUUGCGGGGAUUUGUAAAACAAGCAGCACACUUUCAGUCUUACAGCUGCCCUGGAAGGAGUCUCGAUCAGCUGCGGUUGCAAAUGUUGAAUUGUAUAAUUUGGUUUGGGUGGAAAGAAAUACCUAUGCUGAAUCGUGCGGAAAAAAAUGAUGCUGAAAAAUGAUUGCCUCCAGAAGUUGUAAAUGCUCCAACGCUGGAAGUUUUUUAAGGAGAGAUUGGACAACCAUUUGUAUGAAAUGGUGUAGGGUUUCCUGCCUGAGCAGGGGGUUGGACUAGAAGACCUCUAAGGUCCCUUCCAACUCUUCCAAUAGAAUAGAAUAGAAUAGAAUAGAAUAGAAUAGAAUAGA